UAAAGUGUCGGAAGACUGUGAGCAGUAAAUAUUUUGCAGCCGUUUUUUCCCGCAGUCAUUAAAGGGAACAUGGCUCCACUGUUCCUGUCAAACGUCUGAGAAUAAACGCGCUUUGUCACCUCCAACGUUUACAGAUAUUUUAAACGAACUGAAGCUUUUCGUGACGUGAAACUUGUUUUUCUGUGCUGAUCGUGGAAAACUUUGGCAUGUGUCAGCAAACCGCAGCUGCUCUCGUCCUGUUUUGAUCAGCUGACCUGCCUCGGUCACAUGACUCGGUCCUCUUCCUCUGCUCGGCUCCUCUGAGCACCAGCGCGAUCACACACCUUAAAGCGCCGCUGGAUCACAGCUGCAGGGCAGGUGGAGGCACCGCGGGUGGAGGCGCCGCAGAACUCCGUGUGAAAGACGCAGUUUUAGGUUUCGGCUCUGUGGCGGCUGGAAGAGAUCAGCCUGUGUUCAAACAAGAGUCCCACGGAGGGUCUGACGGAGGCCGAGACGGAGGCGUGUUUCUGGGGUUUCACCACUUUGUGUGUCACGUCGUCUGUGGCUGAGCGGGCGGUGUUUGCGGUGUCCGCCUCACCUGCUGAGAGGACACAACAACCAAAAGCAUGCCGUCCAACAAAUCGGUGUCAGACGCUCCCAUCACUCAGUUCAUCAACUGCAGGAUCCUGAGGGACAACGAGCUGCAGAGAGAGGACCUGUGGGUGCGUGAGGGGAGGAUUUUAGACCCAGAGAAGCUGUUCUUCGAUGAGCAGGGGUACGCUGACAAACGUGUGGACUGUGAGGGCAGCAUCAUCGCGCCGGGCUUUAUAGACGUCCAGAUCAACGGGGGUUACGGCAUCGACUUCUCGCAGGCGUCUGAGGACGUCAGCGAUGGAGUUUCGUUUGUGGCCAAAAAGAUCCUCGAGCACGGCGUGACGUCCUUCUGCCCGACUCUGGUCACCUCCCCUCCCGAAGUUUACCACAAGGUUCUGCCUCAGGUCAAAGUUCAUGAUGGAGGACCACAUGGAGCUGGAGUUCUCGGUUUUCACCUGGAGGGUCCGUUCAUCAGCGCCGAGAAGAAAGGAGCCCACCCGGAGAAAUACCUCCGCACCUUCAAGUCCGGAGGCCUCGAGCACCUGAUGGAGGUCUACGGCAGCCUGGACGACGUUGCCAUAGUGACGCUUGCUCCUGAGCUGCCCGGCAGCCAAUCGGUGGUGAGGGAGCUGAGCCAGAGGGGCAUCACUGUGUCUUUGGGUCACUCGGCGGCCGACCUGUCGCAGGCCGAGGAGGCGGUGCAGCAGGGCGCGUCCUUCAUCACUCACCUGUUCAACGCCAUGCUGCCUUUCCACCAUCGUGACCCGGGCAUAGUGGGUCUGCUGACCAGCGACGGGAUCCCCGCAGGCAGGGCGGUUUAUUACGGCAUGAUCGCUGAUGGCAUCCACACCAACCCUGCAGCCCUGCGCAUCGCUCACAGAGCUCACCCGUCAGGUCUGGUGCUGGUGACGGACGCCAUCACCGCGAUGGGUCUUCCUCCCGGCCGUCACACUCUUGGCCAGCAGGUCAUCGAGAUCCAGGGUCUCCACGCCUACGUGGCAGGCACCAAGACUUUGAGUGGCAGCAUCGCCACGAUGGACAUGUGUGUGCGCCACUUCAAGCAGGCCUCAGCAGGUGAGACCCGGUUGCUGUGGCGAUGCAGGUCAGAUCAUCAUUGCUCUUCACUUCCUGUUCUGUCCUCCAGGCUGCAGUGUCCAGGAGGCUCUGGAAGCUGCCUCCCUGCAUCCGGCUCAGCUUCUGGGAAUCAGCCCCAAAAAGGGAAAGCUGGACUACGGCUCCGACGCAGACCUUGUUCUGCUCGAUGAGGGCCUCCACGUCAAAGCCACUUAUAUUUCUGGAGAGGAGGUUUGGAGAAAAGGACAGUAGGAGAUGAAGAAGGAAACUGGACCGCCUGUGCCUUUGUACAUGAUCGACAUGUCGGGGUUUUAAUGGACUGCCUGAGUGCACCAGGCACUGCCGGAAAACUGGACCAGAGUGAAAUAUUUCUGCAUUAUUAGUUUAUUAAAUGUCAGAUGAUGUGGAAAAUGUUUUCCUGCUUUUCAAACUACCAAAGAUUUGUUUAUUACCCUGAAAGUCAGCGUGCUCAUUGAUCGUGUGUUGCUGAAAGUCUGAUGUUGUGUUAAAGCAGCUGUAUGACCUCUGCAGGGUCAGGGGUCACAGUGGACGUCACUGCACACCCUCAGUUUCUGUAAGCGUCUCUUUUUCUUUGUUGCAAAUUUUACUGACACCAUCAACAGAGUGUGGACAGACUGCUGCUGGUGUGGCAGCAGAUUGUCUCAUCGUGAGAGGGUCUGGUGGUCUCUGGUUUGAACGUUUUCAGCCUUUAAAAGAAGAAAUAGUCACAUCGUGGACUCAUAACUGUCCGCGUGAGACCGACCUGGUGACAGGCUGUUCAGGAACUCAAAAGUAAGGGUGGGAAACUCCUGCUCAGGAAACUUUGUCAUGAAUCGCUCUCACGGGUGAAAUGCUGCCCCCUGGCGGUGAAGGUUAUAGUUAAAGGAUAGUGAGAACCUCUUUACCCCUCAGGUGUCGACGAGGGUAACCCUCGUUUCUCUUUCCUGAUCUAAACAGAAAGAGAAAAACCUGGAAAUGAAUCUGAUGGUCGUCAAAUCUGAGACAGAUCGACAGACGCUGGCAGAGUUCAGGCUGUGCUCGCUUUAACCUUUGUGACACCAGACAGAUCUGAGAGUACAAAAACUGUAACGAGCUGAGUGUUUACAGCAGGGUGAGCCUGAGCUCACUCAGAUUAUUCGUACACACUCAGAGCUCACAAUUAGAAACACCGGACAUGUUUAAUCUGAAAAUCCAGCACAGGGACGGGGGAAAGGAGAACAGUCCAGUUU